AUGGACGAAGGGCUCAAGCUGCCUCAAGGCAGUACCUCGGCCUCCACAGAGGAUGUCGACUCCAUGAUCACCCUUUUCUCAUCAAAGGCGGCUGAGCUACUUCAAAAUACCCAGAGCCAAAUUCUCGAGGUGAAGGAACUGCGUGACGAGAUGAAAGACCUGGAAAACCGGGCUGAGGUCCAGGAUCUUAAACUCAAAAUCAUAAUUGCGGACUCAGCAGUUCAAACUGGAUACCCAGACUGCCCAGCUGGAGAUGCAGAGUGCUCAGAUCGCGCUCAGAAUGCCCAGCUGGAGCUUCAGAACAUGAAGCUGGAUGCACAGAAUGUCAAGCUGCAGGACCAGAAGAGCGAGAUCACCGAACUGCAUGGAAUCGUCUUCCGCCUUGAGACCCGAGUUGACUCCCUGACCGAAGAUUCCAUCAAAUGCUAUAAGAUGAGAAUCCGUAACUUCCUCAGCUAUGUAAAGGCCAAGAACAUGACGCUCGAUCGUGACUGCUUUUUGCAAUUGAACCUCCUCAACCGCUUGGUCCAUGGAGCGGACAGCGUCAUUGAUUCCAAGGCCAUGCUGGAGCUCUACUUGCUCUCCGCGGAACCCGAGAUGUCGGCCUUCAUCCAGGUCUAUGGACGAGUGUCUCAUACCAUCCUUGACAUUCGUAAGUUGAUACCCUACUUCUUCGAUACCCUUCCCUUCUUCGAUACCCUUCCCUUCUUCGAUACCCUUCCCUUCUUCGAUACCCUUCCCUUCUUCGAUACCCUUCCCUUCUUCGAUACCCUUCCCUUCUUCGAUACCCUUCCCUUCUUCGAUACCCUUCCCUUCUCCGAUACCCUCCUCUUCUUUGAUAACCCCACCCUUCUGCGUUUACUGGGGGCAUAA